UUUCGUUGGAAUUUCUCGUCGAUUCGAGUGGAAGGAAACAGCAGAACAAACAAGAUAUCCUUUUUAUCUUUUCGUACGUAAAAUCACUAAAAUUUUAGUCACCGAAAAUCUUUUUUAUUGAUAUACCAAAAGACGAUAAUAUCAAGUUUCCGAUAGGAUGAAUGUUAUUUGUCAAAAAUACGAUGGUCUAAUACCAAUCGAAAUUUCCAACCGACAGUUUCUCACCAAUCGUCGUCGUAGUCGUCGUCGUCGCCGUCGUCGUCGCGUCUCAAAGAAACGGAAAAUGUAUAAGGAAAAAAAAGGCGUAUCGAAAGGACAGAGAGAAGGGUGGAUUUGGUAUAAAUGAUGGUAGUAGUCCGAAGGGAGGACAUCGGUACGCGUCUAUCGUGCGACGGCUGGCGUCCAUGUUCUUUCUCUCUGUCUUCUUUCGUGAAGUCGCGAGUAUGUUUGAAAGAACAUAUGGGAACGCAGAAAGUAAGAGAGAGAGAGAGAAAGAGAGAGAGAGAGAGAGAGAGAGAAAGAGAGAGAGGAAUACGAAGAAGAAGAAGAAGAAGAAGAAGAAGACAAGGCUAGUGUUCGAAGACGAAGACGUAGAGGAAGAUGGAAACGAAGACGAAGAAAAGAAAGAGAAGAGAAGAGAGAGGACACGAGGCAGGCCACGAGAUGUGCCGCUUAUGAUAUAGUGGUUAGCCCUUGGUGGCGUUGGAGUGUGAAGAAGAAGAAGAAGAAGCCUUUUCUGUGGUGUCAUCGAUGGAUUUCAAUUUCAAAGGUCCUUGAAAAAUUCGAUAUGUAAUGUGAAAAGAAAGAGAGACAUAGAGGUAGAGAUAGAUAAAUAGAAAGAGAGUGUGAGAGAGAGAGAGAGAGAGAGAGAGAGAGAGAAAAGAAAAGUUUGUGCGUAUGUGCGAAGAGCAACGUGUGUCAAUUCCAAGGAGAGAGAAUCGAAAGUACCACCGAAAGCGUGGAAGGUGCGAAAGAAAGGGAGAAGGGGGAAACUCCCUACUGUGCCAAGGAAGAAGAGACUUCCGGUGUGGUGUUUCGUCGCACGAGAGAGACCCUCUCGCCGGAUGUUUAUCGACGAUGGCAUAAUGGAUCAUGACACAGACGGAGACGGUGCGAUCAACUUGUCCACGUCGCAGCGACCCUCCGCCGCUACAACCCCAAAUGGUGACAUCCCUGGUUACGGUCAGGAUCAACAGGACAACGAUCAGGCUACUUCGCUAUUUGCAGCGCUGAAGCAGCAACAACAGUCGCGCGAAAACGUAUCGUCGUCGCGGGAUCGCGAGAGCCGUGCCGAAAGAGAACGUCACUCGAUACGUGCUAGCCGAGACGGAAUAGGAAGGAGUGGCGUUUCCGAAGCCACAGGUGGUAGCAUUGUCGAACAACAGCAACAACAGCAAUCACAAUCUCAACAACAGUUACAACAACAACAACAACAACAACAACAACAGCAACACCAACAGCAGCAGCAGCAACAGCAGCAGGAACUUACCAUCGAGUACCAAAGCAAUGGGAAGCUCAGUCCUGCUGGACGCACAGUGACAGCAGCACCCAUGACCCAGCAAAAGCAGCCCAUCAUCGCGCAACAAUCGCAACAACCGAGCUCGGGUGCACCUGGUCUUCAGCCCAGCCCUCAUCAGAGUCCACAGGCCCCUCAACGGGGAUCACCGCCGAAUCCUUCGCAGGGCCCACCGCCCGGAGGGCCUCCAGGUGCUCCACCGUCACAGAAUCCUUCUCAGAUGAUGCUCAGCCCGGCGAGCGGCCUCCACCAAAUGCAACAAUUGUUGCAACAACACAUCCUCAGUCCUGGCCAACUGCAGUCCUUCCUGCAGCAACAUCCCCUUUAUCUCCAGCAGCAACAGCAACAACAUCAUCAGGAUUCCACGUCCGAUCAUGCGCCCAAUCAAGAACGCUUUGGCUAUUUCUCGUUAAAAAGCCAGCAACAUCAGCUCGCCGAACUCGGUAGGAAACAAUUGGAACAGGCUAUGCAACAAUUGCAGGAACAAUUGCAAUUGAAUUUGAUCCAACAGACACAUCUACUACAGACCGCCGAUAAGAAGAAGGCGUCCGGUCCGCUUCAACAGUUGGCACUUCAACAACAACAAUUGGUACAACAGUUUCAGAUAACGCAGAGACAAUAUCUAUUGCAGCAGGGUCUUGGUCUUCAAGGUCACAAUCCUUCCUCAGGUCUCCAACCCGGAGAAGGUUUACCAACAUGGAAGUCCGAAACGUCGGAUGGUUCGGAAUCUCAUCAAAACUCCAGCGUCCCGAAAUCUGGUGGAUUGAACGGACUUCUGAAUUCGAUAGUUUCGGGUCGGCGAUCGGAAAUGAACGGUACGACGCCGUUGGACGAAAAACCACUCGACGUUUCAUGCAACGACAAGGCUCAUCCCCUUUACGGUCACGGGGUUUGCAAAUGGCCGGGCUGUGAAGUUAUUUGCGAAGACUAUCAAGCAUUCCUUAAUUUGUUAAGGAUGAUACAUCAUAAUCACAGGCACUUAAACACGGAGCACACGUUGGACGACAGAUCGACGGCACAGGCGAGGGUACAGAUGCAAGUGGUCUCGCAAUUGGAGAUACAGUUGCAGAAGGAACGGGAUCGUCUCAAUGCCAUGAUGCAUCAUUUGCAUAUGGCGAAACAAAUGGCUUCCCCCGAACCACCAAAAUCUUCCGAGUCUUCGACGGGCUCGAGUUUACCAAAGUUGAAUCUGUCGACGGCACUGAUGAGCCAGCCACCACCGAACUUUGGCGUGUCCCAGGUUUCGCCGGUUUCAAUGUCGGCUCUAGUCUCGGCAGUGAGAUCACCAGCGGGUGGACAAUUACCACCGUCCGCUGGCGGCACGGCGAUGCCACCAAUACCGAACAUGUCAAACAUGUCGGGGAUGCCACCGUUGCCGAACAUGCCCGGAACUCCUGGGAGCAUGCCGAGUAUGGCUGGACCGAUACGACGACGAAUCAGUGACAAGUCGACCUUAUCCUUAGCUGGAGGGCUAUAUGAGGAGGGCACUGUAAGGCGCAGAGUAACCAUCGAUAGAUCUGGAAUAGAUAUUAACGAAGGGCUGCCCUACAUGCUGGAGCGUGCUGGCCUUGACGUCCAACAAGAAAUUCAACGAAAUAGGGAAUUCUACAAAAAUGCCGACGUCAGACCACCGUUCACGUACGCAUCCCUAAUUCGACAGUCCAUCAUCGAAUCGCCAGAUAAACAACUGACGCUCAACGAAAUUUAUAACUGGUUCCAAAACACAUUCUGCUACUUCCGGCGAAAUGCAGCAACGUGGAAGAACGCGAUUCGCACCAAUCUAUCAUUGCACAAGUGUUUUGUGCGCUAUGAGGACGACUUCGGGUCAUUCUGGAUGGUGGACGACGCCGAGUUCGUAAAGCGGCGGCAUCUGUCCCGCGGCCGCCCCAGGAAAUAUGACCAAAACCCAUCAUCCACUCCACCCCACCUCUCCGCACAGGGCGUACCAUCGAAAAGUCCAACGCUCACUCAUAGUCCUACGAUGUAUGGUGACGCUCUAAAUGCCAACCUCCAGUAUUUCCAGGCUGCACUCGGGGAGUCUAAUAUGGGAUUUUUAAAUAACUCGAUGUGUACGUCGACAGCAACGAGCCCGGAUAAAGAGCACGUCUUGUCUCACAACGAUCUAAUGUCGCCACUGGAUGAACCAGCAGUGCACAUAAAGCAGGAAGGGCAAAGCCCGGAGGGUGGUAAGCUAACGAGAUUAAUAAAACGCGAGAUGCUGGAUGGGCCAACGGAACAGGAGGCGGAAGAGGAUCAGGUGGACGAGAGAGAAUAUCCAGAAAGUCACGAGCACGAUUCGGGACAGGACGAGGAUAUUGCAGAGGACCUGUCGAUGGCACCGGACAUAAUGAGCCCGGAGGAUCAGAUCGAGGCGUAGUAUCGUUCGGCUCGAGCCCGAUAGGAGGACGGUACCGUGUCAGGCUGUCUCGUUCGAGUUCGAGGACGAACGAGUUUUCAAAGGAGGUGGAAGAAAAGGGUAAAGGAGGUGGAAGGAGAUGGGGAAGGAGCUGGAGGAGGUGGAAAAGAAGAGAACGUGAAAAAGGACGAGUCUUUCGCGGUCAAAUUAAAUCGUGCCGUUGGAAGAAAAUCGAACGAAGUAAUAAAUAGGAUCAAUGGGACGAACGAAGGGACAUACAAAGGACCGUCGGAGAUUCGUUCGUUCACCUCUUCCUAUGAAACCCCUCGAAUCAUCAUAUCCGAGCCGCGACGUCUCAGGAGCGGCUACACUUCGAGACGUAAAAGAGAGAGAUGAAGAAGAUGAUGAAGAAGAAGAACGAACGAACGAACGAACGAACGAAAGAAAAAAAGAAGAAGGAGAAGAAGAAAAAGAAGAAGAAGAAGGAAAAGAAGAAGAAGAAGAGGAGGAAGAAGAAAAAGUGAAAAAAAAAAGAAAGAAGAAAGGAGGAAGAAAAAGAUUAGAGAGAGAGAGAGAGAAAGAGAGAGAGAGAGAGAGAGAGAGAGAGAGAGAGCGAAAUGCGUGGAAAGUUGGCAGGAACAGACCACGCUGUGCUAUCCAUAUCCUUACUCAAGCAAUUGCGAACAACGAUGUCACGUUUUCAUUUCUCUCCCGUUGUAUUUCCUUUUACGAAGUCGCGGUUAUCAUCUAUAUACAUAUAUAUAUAUACAUAUAUAUAUAUAUAUAUCUAUAUAUGUGUGUGUAUAUAUAUGAGUGUAUAUAUAUAUAUAUAUAUGUAUAUAUA